CCGACCUGUUAGCUCUCCGUUAGUUAAGGGACUCAGGUCCUUCCGAACUGCGCAUGCGCCGUCGCGUCUGCGGGGGUGAGAAGCGGACAGGGGCGCAGGCGCAGUAGUGUAAUCCCCCUGGCCGGUACCUAAACACGUGGGUUGGGUUGUCCUGCUUGGCUGCAGAGGGAGUGGAACCUCGAUAUUGGUGGUGUCCAUCGUGGGCAGCGGACUAAUAAAGGCCAUGGCGCCAGCAGAAAUCCUGAACGGGAAGGAGAUCUCCGCGCAAAUAAGGGCGAGACUGAAAAAUCAAGUCACUCAGUUGAAGGAGCAAGUACCUGGUUUCACACCAGGCCUGGCAAUAUUACAGGUUGGCAACAGAGAUGAUUCCAAUCUUUAUAUAAAUGUGAAGCUGAAGGCUGCUGAAGAGAUUGGGAUCAAAGCCACUCACAUCAAGUUACCAAGAACAACCACAGAAUCUGAGGUGAUCAAGUACAUUACAUCUUUGAAUGAAGACUCUACUGUACACGGGUUCUUAGUGCAGCUACCUUUAGAUUCAGAGAAUUCCAUUAACACUGAAGAAGUGAUCAAUGCUAUUGCACCCGAGAAGGAUGUGGAUGGAUUGACUAGCAUCAAUGCUGGGAAACUUGCUAGAGGUGACCUCAAUGACUGUUUCAUUCCUUGUACGCCUAAGGGAUGCUUGGAACUCAUCAAAGAGGCAGGGGUGCCGAUUGCCGGAAGGCAUGCUGUGGUGGUCGGGCGCAGUAAAAUAGUCGGGGCCCCAAUGCAUGACUUGCUUCUGUGGAACAAUGCCACAGUGACCACCUGCCACUCCAAGACUACCAAUCUGGAUGAGGAGGUAAAUAAAGGUGACAUCCUGGUGGUUGCAACUGGUCAGCCUGAAAUGGUUAAAGGGGAGUGGAUCAAACCUGGGGCAAUAGUCAUCGACUGUGGAAUCAAUUAUGUCCCAGAUAAUAAAAAACCAAAUGGGAGAAAAGUUGUGGGUGAUGUGGCAUACGACGAGGCCAAAGAGAGGGCGAGCUUCAUCACUCCUGUUCCUGGCGGCGUAGGGCCCAUGACAGUUGCAAUGCUCAUGCAGAGCACAGUAGAGAGUGCCAAGCGUUUCCUGGAGAAAUUUAAGCCAGGAAAGUGGAUGAUUCAGUAUAACAACCUUAACCUCAAGAUGCCUGUUCCAAGUGACAUUGAUAUAUCACGAUCUUGUAAACCGAAGCCCAUUUGUAAGCUGGCUCGAGAAAUUGGUCUGCUGUCUGAAGAGGUAGAAUUAUAUGGUGAAACAAAGGCCAAAGUUCUGCUGUCAGCACUAGAACGCCUGAAGCACUGGCCUGAUGGGAAAUACGUGGUGGUGACUGGAAUAACUCCAACACCCCUGGGAGAAGGGAAAAGCACAACUACAAUCGGGCUAGUGCAAGCCCUUGGUGCCCAUCUCUACCAGAAUGUCUUUGCGUGUGUGCGACAGCCUUCUCAGGGCCCCACCUUUGGAAUAAAAGGUGGCGCUGCAGGAGGUGGCUACUCCCAGGUCAUUCCUAUGGAAGAGUUUAAUCUCCACCUCACAGGUGACAUCCAUGCCAUCACUGCAGCUAAUAACCUCGUUGCUGCGGCCAUUGAUGCUCGGAUAUUUCAUGAACUGACCCAGACAGACAAGGCUCUCUUUAAUCGUUUGGUGCCAUCAGUAAAUGGAGUGAGAAAGUUCUCUGACAUCCAAAUCCGAAGGUUAAAGAGACUAGGCAUUGAAAAGACUGACCCUACCACACUGACAGAUGAAGAGAUAAACAGAUUUGCAAGAUUGGACAUUGAUCCAGAAACCAUAACCUGGCAAAGAGUGUUGGAUACCAAUGAUAGAUUCCUGAGGAAGAUCACAAUUGGACAGGCUCCAACGGAGAAGGGUCACACACGGACGGCCCAGUUUGAUAUCUCUGUGGCCAGUGAAAUUAUGGCUGUCCUGGCUCUCACCACUUCUCUAGAAGACAUGAGAGACAGACUGGGCAAAAUGGUGGUGGCAUCCAGUAAGAAAGGAGAGCCCGUCAGUGCCGAAGAUCUGGGGGUGAGUGGUGCACUGACAGUGCUUAUGAAGGACGCAAUCAAGCCCAAUCUCAUGCAGACACUGGAGGGCACUCCAGUGUUUGUCCAUGCUGGCCCGUUUGCCAACAUCGCACAUGGCAAUUCCUCCAUCAUUGCAGACCGGAUCGCACUCAAGCUUGUUGGCCCAGAAGGGUUUGUAGUGACGGAAGCGGGAUUUGGAGCAGACAUUGGAAUGGAAAAGUUUUUUAACAUCAAAUGCCGGUAUUCCGGCCUCUGCCCUCAUGUGGUGGUGCUUGUUGCCACUGUCAGGGCUCUCAAGAUGCACGGGGGCGGCCCCACGGUUACUGCUGGACUGCCUCUUCCUAAGGCUUACAUAGAGGAGAACCUGGAGUUGGUUGAAAAAGGCUUCAGUAACUUGAAGAAACAAAUUGAAAAUGCCAGAAUGUUUGGAAUUCCAGUAGUAGUGGCCGUGAAUGCAUUCAAGACGGAUACAGAGGCUGAGCUGGACCUCAUCAGCCGCCUUUCCAGAGAACAUGGGGCUUUUGAUGCCGUGAAGUGCAGUCACUGGGCAGAAGGGGGCAAGGGUGCCUUAGCCCUGGCUCAGGCCGUCCAGAGAGCAGCACAAGCACCCAGCAGCUUCCAGCUCCUUUAUGACCUCAAGCUCCCAGUUGAGGAUAAAAUCAGGAUCAUUGCACAGAAGAUCUAUGGAGCAGAUGACAUUGAAUUACUCCCCGAAGCUCAACACAAAGCUGAAGUCUACACAAAGCAGGGCUUUGGGAAUCUCCCCAUCUGCAUGGCUAAAACACACUUGUCUUUGUCUCACAACCCAGAGCAAAAAGGUGUCCCUACAGGCUUCGUUCUGCCCAUUCGUGACAUCUGCGCCAGCAUUGGGGCUGGUUUUCUAUACCCCUUAGUAGGAACGAUGAGCACAAUGCCUGGACUCCCCACCCGGCCCUGUUUUUACGAUAUUGAUUUGGACCCUGAAACAGAACAGGUGAAUGGAUUAUUCUAAACAGGUAAGUUGUUACUGGGUAAGGAUUUGGCUUUUUUCCUCAUGUAGCUUAUUUAUGAAUUGUAGGGCUCAAACUGAUGCUAUAAAAAUUCACAUUCUAAUGCUUUCAAAACAUUUCUUUUCAGACUUCCCUGAGGGGAGAGGGGAUAGGAAUGAGAGUUGGCAAUAACCAAUGAAUUGAAAUAUAUUUCAACACAUUUUUGGAAGAAGCGCAGCAUGGCUUGUCACAGGUUGACAGUGUAGGGGAGAAAGCUGCUGUCCAAUAAACUACAGAGGAAACUAUAGGAGAGGUUAGACUCCCUCUGCUGAAGCCCCAGGAGGCUUGGGGUUCAGAGUUGAUGACACAUUGCAGGUCAGGAACAACUAACAGUCUGUAUACUCUGAAUAGGUAGUUAGAAGGCAAGAGUUAGCAAAUGUCUUAGGAAGUAUAAUAGAAAAGAGAAGGAAACAGGACCAAUCUGGCAGUUCUUAGGGCCUUAGGUGAAAGGGCCCUGAGUACCGACUGCAAUGAGUGACACUGCAUUGUUUGAUAUUUUUGAAAUUUCAACAGGACAUGUCUCUCCUUAGGCAGACCCUUGGGGCUGAAGCAGCAAGUUGCAGUGUGCACUUAUAUCCCUAGACACAUCCUGUUGAAAUUUCAAAAAUAUCAAACAUGAAAAUCCUAACAUCUUUCUCCAGAGAAGAAAAAAGUGGCUUGCCUAUGAAAAAAAUGAGAACUAGACUUAACACCCGUCUUACUGGCAAUAAGAAGCUUUUAGACAAUGGAGGAGUGUCCUGUAAGGUCACAGGGAAGAUUACUUUCAACAUGUGCUCACACCUAGCCGAAUCUAUCUGGAUGUUUUCAUACAUGCAAGGGUUUGCCACCCCACUCUCUUCCUAAGAAGUUAUUUAGCAAUGUACUUAGCGAAAUGAGGAAUUAACCAAGAAAAAAGAAAGACGUGAGUUUUGGGAAACUGAACCCUCAUUUGGACAUUAGCGAAGGGGCAUUCUGACAACCAUGCAAAUGACCUGAAGUUACAAAUCCUGUGUGGAACAGGUUGGGGGACCACCUGAGAAAAACUAGAAAAAGCUAGAAAAGACAAGGAUAUCAAAGGGUCAUAGUACAAAACAAAAGCUCUUGCAUUCUUUGAGAAAGUUAAGGUCCAAAUAGAAGCAAACUGUAGUUUGAUGCUAGAACACUAUUCUUUGAGAGGGUACGUGUGAUACUCGAAAUGCAGUCAUGGCUCACGGCUUGGUCUGGUCUUGAACAGUAUUCACAUAGUACUAUGGAAAUACCAUGCAUCAUUUUCAAGUCCAUUUAUGGACAUGCCCUAGAAGAGCUGGUGGCAGGAAAGGAUGUAAAUGUUAACAGCUUUGGCAAUGUGAGUGGGUAAUGGUGCAGUAUGGAAAGAACAGGAAACAUUUCAGUGCUUAGAGAAAACAUUUAUUUCUUGUUUUUCCUUCCAGAUCAUCAUCCAUCUUCAAGAAGCUACUUUGAAAGUCUGGCCAGUGUCUAUUCAGGCCCACUGGGAGUUAGGAAGUAUAAGUAAGCCAAGAGAAGUCAGCCCCUGCCCAGAAGAUCUGAAACUAAUAGUAGAAGUUUCCCCAGAAGUCAUUUUCAGCCUUAAUUCUCAUCAUGUAUAAAUUAACAUAAAUCAUGCACAUGUCUAUUUACUUUAGUGACGUUCCACAGAAUAAAAGGAAAUAAUUUUGCCA